GUGUCCCGAACGCGUCCCUAUUCACAUACUAAGUGCAAAAUGUGCAACAUACUGCAGUCCGGUUGGAGAUCAUGGGUGGCAUUACUUGGCUAUCUAAUAAUACAAGCGACAGCAUAUCCUAUGCAAUCGUGGCCGAUGUACCCACAAACGCCUCGAGAAUAUCACGACGAUGACUAUUACUAUGCACCCAAAGAACAAUAUUAUUACGAUGCUCCUGUAAUGAACACUCCCGAAGUUUAUGGCCAAAUUCCUUAUUCUUACUACUACGACCCAUACGCUAACUUUGCUAAUGAAGCUCCGGAGAGACAAGACGAACGAUUAGCAUCACUUCCCAUAGGACAAGAGACUUGGUUCGAAAGCGAUAGCAACCCACGCUGGCGAUCGAGUGAUAUAGAUGACGUCAACGCAGCUUUCUUGGACAAUUUGAUUCUGACACAAAUGGCUCAAGACGCUCAAAGACGCCGUGAAAAUGCUCGAGCCGCUUUCUCAAAUGUCGACUACGAAGAUAAGGAUAACGAAGACGAAGAUGUGAGAGAACUUAAAGCUCUAGCUGGCAAACCACUUUAUCAUGUCCCUAAAACAGCUCCGAAAUACGAAGAUGAUGACUACCAAGCUGACGACGGAUUUAUCAACUGGAAUGGAAACAAAAGAAGCGCUACAACGAGUCGACCCACUCCUAUGGAAGAAUCGAAUGUUGGCCAAAAGGAAGUAGCAGUUCCCCGACCAGCGAAAACAAAUAACAACAGAGUCCACCAGUCUUUUCACGAGAAGAGAACUUCACCGUACUACCAAACUAUAACGCAAUUGCUGGAAAAUAAAUCACAUAAAGCGACUAAAGGACGAAGGAUCGAAAAACGUUUCGUAGCUGGAGAUACGGACUUGGUGAUGGAGCUUCGAGGCCUAAAACAUCGCAUCGCAACUUAAAUUCAUCCAUCUGCUAACCGCCAACAACCAUGAGACUGAAUAUUAACGUAGACUUAUAGAUAUUUAUAGCAACGGCGACCUGAUACAAUCGCAACUCGUGAAAUCAAAACCCAAAAAAAUUAGAUAACAAUUAUAUUCGCCAAACAAUACGACGAAGUACGGUCUAUCUUCCUUGAUUUGUAUAAUCUUAUCGUCCGAUUCUGAAUUGUUUACAAUUUCGUAAUUAAGAUAUCUA